GCUUUCCACAAGGGUGGGCCAGAGAGUCCGCCGGAACUGAGUAGCGGCUCCGCAGGUUCCCGCCCGGAAGAAGCAGCCGAGGCCCUGCUUACCAGCAACAUGGCGCGGUCAAGGAAUAAGGCAGCUGUUGUGCUGUGUAUGGAUGUGGGCUUCUCCAUGAGUAAUUCUUUUCCUGGUGAAGAAUCUGCAUUUGAACAAGCAAAGAAGGUGAUGACAAUGUUUCUCCAGAGACAGGUGUUUGCUGAGAGCAAGGAUGAGAUUGCUUUAGUUCUGUUUGGUACAGACGGCACUAAUAACACCCUUGCUGAUGAGGACCAGUAUCAGAACAUCACAGUGCACAGACACCUGAUGCUACCAGAUUUUGAUUUGCUGGAGGACGUUGAAAGCAAAAUCCAACCAGGUUCUCAACAAAGUGACUUCCUGGAUGCCUUGAUCGUGAGCAUGGAUUUGAUUCAACGCGAAACUGCGGGAAAGAAGUUUGAGAAGAGACAUAUUGAAAUGUUCACUGACCUCAGCAGCCCAUUCAGCAAAGAGCACCUGGACAUUAUCAUUCAUCACUUGAAGAAAUCUGAGAUCUCCCUCCAGUUCUUCCUACCUUUCCCAGUUGACAAGGAAGACGGAACUGGGGACAGAGGAGAUGGCAAAUUGCGCUCAGACCACCAUGGGCCCUCCUUUCCUCAAAAAGGACUUACUGAGCAGCAAAAAGAAGGUGUUCAGAUGGUGAAAAACCUGAUGAUGUCUUUAGAAGGUAAAGAUGGGCUGGAUGAAAUUUAUUCCUUCAGUGAGAGUCUGAGACAACUGUGUGUCUUUAAGAAAAUUCAGAGGAAUUCCGUGCCCUGGCCCUGUCAGCUGACCAUUGGCUCCAACUUAGCUAUAAAGAUUGUGGCCUACAAAUCGAUUCUACAGGAGAGAGUUACAAAGGCUUGGACAAUUGUGGAUGCAAGAACCUUAAAAAAGGAAGAUAUACAAAGAGAAACAGUUUAUUGCUUAAAUGAUGAUGAUGAAACUGAAGUUUCAAAAGAGGAUACUAUUCAAGGGUACCGCUAUGGAAGUGAUAUAGUUCCUUUCUCCAAAGUAGAUGAAGAGCAGAUGAAAUAUAAAUCGGAAGGGAAGUGCUUCUCUGUUUUGGGAUUUUGUAAAUCUUCUGAGGUCCCAAUAAACCUCUUUACUGGAUAUCAGAUUGUGAAGGUCUUUGCAGCAAGAGAUGAUGAGCCAGCAGCGGUUGCGUUUUCCUCCCUGGUUCAUGCGUUGGAUGAAUUAGACAUGGUGGCCAUAAUUCGAUAUGCUUAUCACAAUAAGUCUAACCCUCAGGUUGGAAUGGCUUUUCCUCACAUCAAGGAUACCUAUGAGUGUUUAAUGUAUGUGCAGCUGCCUUUCAUGGAAGACUUGCGGCAAUACAUGUUUUCUUCUUUCCGAAAUAGUAAGAAAUACAUUCCCACAGAGGCACAGUUGAGUGCAGUUGAUGCUCUGAUUGAUUCCAUGAGCUUGGUAAAGAAAAACGAGGAGGAAGACACCGUUGAAGACUUAUUUCUAACCACUAAAAUUCCAAAUCCUCAAUUUCAGAGGUUAUUUCAGUGUCUGCUGUACAGAGCUUUCCAUCCCCAGGAGCCUCUGCCCCCAAUUCCGCAGCAUAUUGUAACUAUGUUGGAUCCCCCUGCUGAGGUGACAGCAAAAUGUCAGGAUUCUCUCUCUAAGAUAAAGACCCUUUUCCCUCUGACGGAAGCUGUCAAGACAAAGGAUCAAGUAACUGCUCAGGACAUUUUCCAAGACAACCAUGAAGAAGGACCCACUGCUAAAAAGUGCAAGACUGAGGAAGGGGAGACCCCAUUUAGUGUCUCCAGCCUGGCAGAAGGCAAUGUUACCAGACGAGUCGACAGCUAAUAGCUCACAUUGAACAGUUUUUGGAUACUAACGAAACACCGUAUUUUAUGAAGAGCAUGGACUGUAUCAAAGCCUUCCGAGAAGAAGCCAUUCAGUUUUCAGAAGAGCAGUGCUUUAACAGUUUUCUGAAAGGCCUAAGAGAGAAAGUGGACGUUAAACAAUUAAAUCAUUUCUGGGAAAUCGUCGUUCAGGAUGGAAUUACUCUGAUCACCAAAGAUGAAGCCUCUGGAAGCUCUGUCACAGCAGAGGAAGCUAAAAAGUUUCUGGCCCCCAAAGAAAAACCAGAUGGAAAUGCAGCAGCCGCAUUUGAAGAAGGUGGUGAUGUGGACGAUUUACUGGAUAUGAUGUAGGUCAUGGAUGUGUGGGAAUCUGAGAGAGAGUUCAUCACUGUGGUCCCGGGAUCUAAUGGAACAGCCUGCAGGAUGCUGCUCAGGGGGAACCAGAAACCCUGAAGAUGGUCCCAGUAGGUUAUUCGGAAGUGAAUCACCCGAUUCUCUGUGGAAUGAAUACAUACAAACAUAUUACAGGGGAUGAUUUAGACCCAUACCAGUUUAUAAAGGCUCGUUGUUAUUUUCUGA